AGAGUUUUUUAAAUUAAGUUAUUUAUAUACCGUCGCAAUGGGCGCAUAGUGGGGAAAAUGUUCUUCUUUUACAUUUCUAAUUCAUAUUUUAUCUAUAUCUAUCGCGAAAUUACGCUUCGAACGGAAGGUGGUGGUCAACUCUUUUUUAUUAAAUGUCAUAAAAUUUGGUUAACUUCUUUUAACGGUAAACCUGCGCUUUCAUAGUCCUAGACUUAAUUCUUUUAAGCUAAAACAAUAAUUUUCCUUUAAGUAAAAAAAAAUAUAAAAUAAUAUUAGAAAAAUGGACUUGAAAGCUGUAGUUAUCUCAGGAGAGGCACCAGAAUCAGAUGAUGAUACUGCUAGUAUCACUAUGGGCAUAGGAUUUCCCUCUGUACGUACACCAAAUUAUUGUGGCACGAUUAUUACUGGCGAAGCUCCUGAAUCUGAUGAAGAUGGUACAAGUUUGAGCAGUAUCAGUGGAGCAGUUGAUGCUAUGACUUGCCCACCUUAUGCAGAAGUUAAAACACUAAAAUCCAAGAAAAGCAGCAUUAAAUAUAAUAGCUUGCUUCAUAAAAAACUACGUGAAUGUAAUGAAACAUUGGAUAAAGAUAUAAUUCAGAUGACAGAAGGAACAGUUGUUAAUGAUGUUCAAGAAUUAUCAGCUGUCAACAGACAAUUAUUAAGAAGCGAACUUGUCUUACAAGAGGCGGUUUGUCAAUUGCGUAAUGCAUCUAAUAAAUCUAAAAAUGCAUCUAACGCUCUGUAUGAACUUAUAAAUACGCGUUUUUUACAUUCUAUUAAAACAUAAGUUGUUUGUUCAUUUGUUAAUAUAUCCUUGUUAAUAAAAUAUAUUUAUAAUAAUACUAUAGACUGAAGAUAAUAAAGUUAUUCAAAAUUGCAUUGAAUGCAAA